AUGGAAGAUCUGCAGGACCAGAACCAGAACCAGGAGAUGAACCAGAACCAGGACCAGAACCAGGACCAGAACCAGGAGUCCAGUAUCAGAACCAAAGCGGGAUCUUCCUCUGCUGGUCUGCAGAAACAUAAAGGCAAAGAGAGACCCAUAAGUUAUCGUUGUGAUCACUGCAAGAAAGUCUUCACCACUUCAUCAGGUCUGAGAAAACAUAAGAUGAUUCACACUGGAGAUAAACCGUUCAGUUGUGAUCAGUGUGGAGCAGCUUUUACCCAACGAGGUAAUCUAAGGACUCACCAACGUAUUCACACUGGAGAAAAACCGUUCACUUGUGAUCAGUGUGGAGCAGCUUUUUCCACUUCAAGUCACCUGAAGAUUCACCAACGUAUUCACACUGGAGAUAAACUAUUCACUUGUGAUCAGUGUGGAGCAGCUUUUACCACUUCAAGUCAACUAAAGAUUCACCAACGUAUUCACACUGGAGAUAAACCAUUCAGAUGUGAUCAGUGUGGAGCAGCUUUUACCACAUCAGGUAGUCUAAUGAUUCACCAACGUAUUCACACUGGAGAUAAACCGUUCAGAUGUGAACAGUGUGGAGCAGCUUUUACUGAGUCAGGAAAGCUAAAGAUUCACCAACGUAUUCACACUGGAGAUAAACCGUUCAGAUGUGAACAGUGUGGAGCAGCUUUUACUGAGUCAGGAAAGCUAAAGAGACACCAACGUAUUCACACUGGAGAUAAACCGUUCAGAUGUGAUCAGUGUGGAGCAUCUUUUGCCCAACAAGGCAAUCUAAGGACUCACCAACGUAUUCACACCGGAGAUAAACCAUUCAGAUGUGAUCAGUGUGGAGCAUCUUUUACCCAACAAAUUCAUCUAAGGACUCACCAACGUAUUCACACUGGAGAUAAACCGUUCAGAUGUGAUCAGUGUGGAGCAGCUUUUACUGAGUCAGGAAAGCUAAAGAUUCACCAACGUAUUCACACUGGAGAUAAACCAUUCAGAUGUGAUCAGUGUGGAGCAGCUUUUACCCAACAAAGUCAUCUAAGGACUCACCAACGUAUUCACACUGGAGAUAAACCGUUCAGAUGUGAUCAGUGUGGAGCAGCUUUUACUGAGUCAGGAAAGCUAAAGAUUCACCAACGUAUUCACACUGGAGAUAAACCAUUCAGAUGUGAUCAGUGUGGAGCAGCUUUUACCCAACAAAGUAAUCUAAGGACUCACCAACGUAUUCACACUGGAGAUAAACCGUUCAGAUGUGAACAGUGUGAGGCAGCUUUUACCACAUCAAGUAAUCUAAGGGCUCACCAACGUGUUCACACUGGAGAAAAACCGUUCAGAUGUGAACAGUUUGAGGCAGCCUUUAACACAUCAAGUCAGCUAAAGAAGCAUCAACGUACUCACACGAGUGAUAAACUCUAAAGAUUUGAUCAGUAUGAAGUGUGGAAUUGCAAAAAACACCUCAGCACAGCAAAAAAAGCUAAAUAAUCAGACAACGUCAUACCUAAAACUUGAAAGACUAACAUAUGAUGCCCCCUGCCUGUGACUUUGCCUGAUUCCCGGUUUUUUGAUUUUUGCCUGCCCCUUUGGAUUUGUCUGCCUGAUCUGCCUGUCUUCCCGGUUUUUGACUCCUGCCUACCUCUGACCUGAUUAAAGCCUCUUGGACUCUGAUACUCCGUUUGAUGUUGUUCAUUUGGGUUCUCUGUCUUUUGAGCCGUGACAGUACAAUUUGGCCAAAAGUAUGAACCCAGCCAGCAUGGACCCACCAGGAAAGAACGUGGAUCUGUGGGAGCUCUUUUACGGUGACCAAGUGGCGUCCUAGGGUCCUGGACGCAUCGCCCCCUGUCCCUGCUCCGGUGGUGGUCCUGGACGCAUCGCCCCCUGUUCCGAUUCUAGCGGGGGGCGAUUCUCAUCGCCCCCUAUUCCUGCUCCAGCAGUGGUCCUGGACGCAUCGCCCCCUGUUCCGGCUCUAGCGGUGGUCCUGGACGCAUCGCCCCCCUGUUCCUGCUCCAACGGUGGUCCUGGACGCAUCGCCCCCUGUUCCGAUUCUAGCGGUGGUCCUUGAUGCAUCGCCCCCUGUUCCGGCUCUAGUGGUGGUCCUGGAUGCAUCGCCCCCUGUUCCUGCUCCAGCGGUGGUCCUGGACGCCUCCUCAGCCAGCGCCGAGGACCCGGGUUCCCCCCAAGCCGGCUCCCCGUAUCCUGCCUGCUACGCCCCCGGACCUCCUGACCCGCCUGCUACGCCCCCGGACCUCCUGACCCGCCUGCUACGCCCCCGGACCUCCUGACCCGCCUGCUACGCCCCCAGACCUCCUGACCCGCCUGCUACGUCCCCAGAUCUCCUGACCCGCCCGCUACACCCCCAGACCAACCUCCUGACCCGCCUGCUACGCCCCCAGACCGACCUCCUGACCCGCCUGCUACGCCCCCAGUCCUCCUGACCCGCCUGCUACGUCCCCAGACCUCCUGACCCGCCUGCUACGUCCCCAGACCUCCUGACCCGCCUGCUACGCCCCCAGACCUCCUGACCCGCCUGCUACGCCCCGAGACCUCCUGACCCGCCUGCUACGCCCCGAGACCUCCUGACCCGCCUGCUACGCCCCCAGACCUCCGGACCCGCCUGCUACGUCCCGAGACCUCCUGACCCACCUGCUACGCCCCGAGGGCGGCCUCCGGAACUGUCUCGGCGGUCGGCCCGGCCCCGAGGACGGCCCCCCUGGCCUGGGACUCUGAUACUCCGUUUGAUGUUGUGCAUUUGGGUUUUCUGUCUUUUGAGCCGUGACACGACCACUGGUGCUCGGUUGACUUUGUGCUUAAAGACUGUUCUGCUGUCAGUCGUCCAGGGUCAUGGAAUGGUUUCAAGAGCCAGUCCUGCAAAGGAUAAGUAGAGUCUCCAAGAAGGAAAUACCCAGCAGUCACUGUAUAUUCCUGAUGUGAGCUAGGAAGAUGUUCCUCCCA